GGCAGACAGAUUAUGAAUCAGAGUGGCGGUGGGCUUCGGUACCAGCUCCGCAUAUCCGCGCGCUUCGGUUCUUCUUUCCCUUGACGCGAAUACUUAUCGCGCACACAGUGAUCUAUCCUUACUUAUUGUCACUUUCCUUUUCUCUCUUUUUUAUUUUCCUUUUUCUUUUUUUCUUUGUCGUUCCACGAUCGUUUCAUCGAAUUCACCAGCAGAUCAUCAAAGAAAGAUCUUUGUCGAUGAAAAUCGAGCGAGGUUCAUGCGACAUAUAUAUAUAUACACGCGUACAAGCCGAAGAGUCGGAGCGACAGAACGGAAGAGCCACCGGUGGCGAACCACCAGCGAGGGAAACUCUACGAGAUCGAUAGUGUUGUGGCAACCACGUUUCAAAGCACUCUGCCAGCCAGGUACAGUUGCCGGCAGGCUGUCAGAACCACAUUGAAAACAGAUGUUUUCGCUUCGCGAAUAGAAUUGGUAAAAUCAACAACCCCCUUAAAGUCCGCGUACGCAACAGCAAGUUACCUUCAGCGAGAGAAUAGUUGAAAUCGAUUGAUUUAGAAUGAGUUCAAUCUGACAUCCCGCACUUUGCGAUUCUCAAGGUACAAGGGUGUUUCCGGAAAGCACGUGUGUAUUCGGAGUGUUUCCGGAGAAAGGGGGAUGUAAAGGAGAGAGCGACGGGGAUCAACACUGUGACACGUACAAGGGAAAACAAUCACGGUGAUACAUUUAUUAGCGGGACAAAAUUUGACGUUGGAUCGAAAGCAACGUAGUCGAAAAUAUGACGAGAUGGAGCAAGAUUGUUUCUCAGCUGUCAAGCAUCGAUGGCUACCUGACAGCGAUAGCGUUCCUCGCUUUGUACACGAGUACGGGAGCGGCGCCAAUCGAUGCCAUCAGCGAUACCACUGCUGCGAAUUAUCUGGCGCAGUACGGAUAUUUGCCGCCAAUAAAUCCGGAGAUUGGUGCCUUCUUAAGCGAAGAGAAGCUGAAAGCAGCGAUAGAAGAAUUUCAAGCUUUCGCCGGCCUUAACAUAACGGGCGAAAUAAAUGAUGAGACUGCUAAACUUAUGGCUACACCAAGAUGCGGUGUUAAAGACAAGGUUGGACCAGCUACUGACGGAAGGUCGAAGAGAUACGCUCUUCAAGGUUCCAGAUGGCGUACAAAAAAUCUAACAUACAAGAUCAGCAAGUAUCCGACCGGUCUGAACAAACAGGAAGUGGAUAAAGAGAUCGCGAAAGCGUUUGGCGUUUGGUCAGGUGAAACUGACUUAACGUUCACCCGCAAAACAGGACGCGACAACGUUCACAUCGAGAUCAGAUUCGAGGUAGGCGAGCACGGAGAUGGUGAUCCUUUCGAUGGACCUGGUGGUACCUUGGCGCACGCAUAUUUUCCUGUAUACGGUGGCGAUGCUCAUUUUGACGAUUCUGAACGAUGGACCAUCAGAAGCUAUCGCGGUACUAAUCUCUUCCAGGUCGCGGCUCACGAAUUUGGGCAUUCGCUCGGUUUGAGUCAUAGCGAUGUCAAGAGCGCUCUGAUGGCACCCUUCUACCGCGGUUAUGAUCCCCAUUUUGUUUUAGAUCAAGACGAUACCGAUGCUAUUCAGGCUUUAUAUGGGGAAAAAACUAAGAACAUACCACGAGGAACUCACGGGCCUUCACCACCUUCCGAAGAAGAUCCUGAAUUAUGUAAGGAUCCGAAAAUCGAUGCAAUGUUCAAUACUAAGGAUGGCGAGACAAUUGUGUUCAAGGGAAAACACUAUUGGAAAUUAACAGACAAUGGUGUAGCUAGUGGUUAUCCUAGACGUAUUGACAGCACGUGGAAAGAACUUCCGUCAAACAUAGACGCUGCAUUUACAUACAGGAAUGGCAAGACAUAUUUCUUCAAGGGUACGCAAUACUGGAGGUAUAUUAACGCGACUAUGGAUGGUGAUUACCCAAAGGAAAUUAGCGACGGUUUCACCGGUAUUCCCGAUCACAUCGACGCGGCUACCGUGUGGACCGGAAAUGGCAAGAUUUACUUCUACAAGGGUGCGAAAUUUUGGCGCUUUGAUCCGGCGUCGAAGCCACCAGUGAGGAGUAAUUAUCCUAAACUUAUUCAAAACUGGCAAGGCAUCCCGAAUCACAUCAACUCGGCAGUAACUUACAAAGGUUACACGUAUUUCUUCCAAGAUAACGCCUACUAUCGAUUCAACGACCGAACGUUCAGGGUGGACGAUGCUAAUCCCGCCUUCCCAAGAGCAACGGCGUAUUGGUGGUUUGGAUGCAAGUCCGCUAACAGGGGGACGCUAGGUAAUGAUCACUGGCCAUUUGCAUUUGCCAGCAAUCUGGACGUGGCUGACAGUGACACGUACAGCGAUUAUGAUAAUCUUGACAGCGUUGGCGACAUCAUCUUAGACGCAGGAGGAACCGACGAACUCGUCACGUCGCCGAAUCAGGAUAAUACGGACUCCGGGGCGUGUGAAAAUUCGUUGACUUCAUCGGAGAGGACGUCGCAACUUCUGCUCGGCAUCGCGACGGUAAUCAUCGCGAGGUUCGUCAUGACUACAUAAAAGGUAGAGACCCUAUAAUAAUUGUUAUAGGGUCUCUAAUUUUUUUUUUUUUUAGCGAAGAUACACGAAUGUUGCUCCGAAAAAUAUAUCGGUCGUGCUAAUGACGCGAUCGUUAUUAAUCGCGGCGAUUUAGAAACUUGCGCUCCCCUCCCCCCUCUCCCCGAUAAUUAGGAUAUUAAGUAGAUAGCUAGAAAAUUAUGAGCAAUGUCAUCGCCAGCUAAACCAUCAAACUGCACGCGCGCGUGGCCGCGCAUGCGCAUUGAUUGAAAAUGAUUCGCGCGGCUGUACAUAGCGCGUAUUUUAACUUGCAUACGUCUUAUAAUUGCCAGUGCAAAAUAUGUAUACGCGUAAAUAUAGAUUAUAUAUUCUAUCUUCGAAUAAUGUUUUAAUACGCAGUAAUGUGUAGCACAGGACAUUCUACACUGCCUAUUUAUUCGUGUAUCCACCAUUUGCAAAGACUUUGAGUGUUUACGGAUUUCUUGGGACUCGACAGGUCCAUUAGAUCACAUGAUGUAUAAAGGAUUACGAGAGCAUGACAAUUAAUAAUAAAAAAUAAUGAUCAGAGUCCUGACUGACAAUACUAUCGAAAAUGUUUGUUGAUUAAAAAGUGUUGUAUGAGUAUUAUAGAUUUUUCUAUUUUUAUUUGUAUUCUAAAAUAUAUUUUCUGAGCUGCGUAUAACACAUCUCAGUUGUAUUCUGUAUGCAUAUUAUUUUUUCAAUGUCUAAUCUAUUUUAUACAAAAUCUAAUCAUUUGUAUGCUCUAUCCACAUUUAUACGUAUAUGAAUAUCUAUAGUACUCAUGUCAACUACAUUAUGUUACAAUUAUGCUAGGGUAAUUAUCUUAUGUGCCUUAGAAAUAUUUUUGUAAUUUAUACAUUAGAGAGAGGAUAUGUAAAUGUCAGAUCUGUCCAAAUGCAGCUUUUUUUUUAAAUGUUGCCUCGAACCAAGCAUCUGGUUACUUGUACAUUACCAAUGUUGAUUAGGCAACAUUGUGUAAGUUCGAAGAAAACACCUGUUUUCAUAUAAUGCUUCCAUCAUAGUUUCUCCUAAUAAUAGCUUGUUUGUUUUAUGAUUUUAUAUGCAAUUAUAUAUAUAUGUAUGUAUGUAUUAUAGAGCUGAUAUGAUAAAUAAUUAAUGCAAGUUGUGUUAAAUGGAUUUCUCUGACAUUAAUGGUAUUGUGUGUGUGAGAAUUUAUAUAUAUAUAUAUAUAUAUAUAUAUAUAUAUAUAUAUAUAUAUAAAAUUCUUAUGUAUAAAGCGUUAGAUUCUCAAUCUUACAAAACGAAAGUACACUUUAAACUAUGUUUUGCGAAACAUAUAAUGUUAUCUCUCUCUUCCCUAAUAGAGAAAAAAAGAUAGUCCAAAAGAAGAUACAUGUCAAAAACUAUAACCAGUGUUAACAGAUGUUUAAAACAGAUGUUAAUAUACUUGUAUUACAUAUUUUCUUACAUUUGAAAGUGUCUUAAUAAUAAUAUUGUAAGUAUUUUGACCAGUACUUAAUUGUUAAGAAUUACUCUUAGCCUUGAGUAUAUCGUAUUAACAGAGUAAAAAAGCAAGAAAAACCUUGUAAUUUUUAUCGUUUUAUUUGUUGAAUAAAAGAAUCUCUGUAAAAGAGAUAAAAAAAAA